UGUGUUAUAAUAAUUGCGGUGUGUGUUUUUAUUGUUGUACAAACAGAAACACAAUACCCCAGAAAAAAGAUUCUUUGGUUUAUCCAACAAAACAAAAGAAUUAUUCUUUGGAUUCUUUUUUAUCAAUUUUUUUUCUGUCGAUAUUCAAUCAAUCAAUCAAUCAAUUAUUCAACUUUGACGAAAAUCUUCAAGUUUUUUUUUGGCGUUUGUGUUUGUUUGGCUUUUGGAUCUUUUGGCUUCGAAAAACGAAUCAAAUUUUUUUUUUGGAGAGUGGAAAAAUAUUGUAUCCACAUACAACACGUAUUGUUUUGUUUUGUUUCUGGAAAAUUUUCUCUCAUCAAAUCAAUUCGUUAAAAGAAGCAGAACAAAAAGAAAAUGCAAAAUCCAUCCGGAGGAUUUCCACCAUUUCCAUCAAUUAUAAUGCCAAAUGUUGUUGCAUCUUCAUCAUCAUCAUCAUCCAAUUCAGCUGCAACAAUGAUUCCUGGUCAGCCAUCAAUCAUUCCUGCAUUCUUACCUGCAACAAAUUUUCAUCCAUUUUCAUUGACUGGUAUACCAAUGCCACCACCACCAACCAUAGCAACCGCAACACCAGCACCUAUUCUACCAAUACCACCAAUAAUAUCAUCACCAUUGAAUAAUAAUAAUUGGGUGGAAUAUAAAACACCUGAUGGACAACCAUAUUAUUAUAAUACAAUAACAAAACAAACAUUAUGGGAAAAACCAGAUGAAUUAAAAAAUAAUAUUGAACGUUUAAUUGAUCAAUGUCCAUGGAAAGAAUAUAAAACUGAAGAUGGUCAAAUAUAUUAUCAUAAUAUUAUAACAAAAUCAUCAUCAUGGACAAUACCAAAAGAAUUGGAUGAUUUAAAACAACGUUUAUCAUCAACAUCAUCGUCGUCGUCGAAUGAUAAGCCAGCAACAUCGGAAUCGAACGAUUCGAAUGAAAAGACAAUCGAACAACAACAACAAAUUGAUAAUCAAACAUCUGAAUCAAUCAAUGAAAAUAACGAUCAAACAUCAAACAAUAAUGUUGAAAAGCAAUUUGAUAAUUCGAAUUCGAAUGAUUCGAAUGAUGAUAAUUCAGGGUUAAUUUCUGAAACAACAACACCAAAAUCUGAUUCAUUACCCGAAUCAAUACCACCAACAACAACAACAAAACAACCAAGUAAAUCUGAUUUAUUAGAAAUAUUUAAAGAUAUUUUACGUGAAAAAAAUAUUUCAAGUAAUGCUAGUUGGGAAAAUACAUUGAAAAUUGUUGGAAAUGAUAUACGUUUUGAAAAAUUUCGUUCCCAUCCAGAACGUAAACAAUUUUUUAACGCUUAUAAAACACAACGUUCGAAAGAAGAAAAAGAAGAAAUGAAAAAUAAAAUUCGUCGUGCAAAAGAACAAUUAGCACAAUUUUUACGUCGUACUGAUCGUAUGAAUUCAAUGAUACGUUAUCGUCAUGCAUGUGAAUUAUUUCGUGAUCAUGAACAUUGGAAAAUUGUACCGGAAAAUGAUCGUAGAGAAAUUUUCGAAGAUGCUGUUGCAGAAUUAUCCAGGAAAGAACGUAAUGAAGCAAAACAAUUACGUAAACGUAAUAUGUCUGUUUUAAGUGAAAUAUUAGAUUCAAUGCCAAAAAUAACAUUCAAUACAACAUGGCAACAAGCACAACAAUUAUUAUUAGAUAAUCAAACAUUUGCUGAUGAUUCACAAUUAUUAAAUAUGGAUAAAGAAGAUGCUCUAAUUGUAUUUGAACGACAUAUAAGACAAUUAGAAUCAGAAGAAGCAGAAGAAAAAUUACGUACAAAACGUAUACAAGAAAGACAAAAACGUUUAAAUCGUGAAUUAUUUAUACAAUUUUUAGAUGAAUUACAUGCAUCAGGUAAAUUAAAUUCAUUAUCAAAAUGGUCAAUACUUUAUUCAGAAAUAUCAUCUGAUAUACGUUUUGAUUCAAUGUUAUCACAACCAUUAUCUGGUUCAACACCAUUAGAUUUAUUUAAAUUUUAUGUUGAUGAUUUAAAAGCACGUUAUGAAGAUGAAAAAAUUAUUAUCAAAGAUAUUCUGCAAAAAGCAUCCACAGAUUUCGUAAUGACACCGAAUACAGAAUUUUCUGAAUUCGUUACCGUAUUAAGUAAAGAUACUAGAAGUGCAAAACUUGAUUCAGGUAAUGUUAAAUUAAUGCAUGAAAAAUUAUUGGAAAAAGAACGUGAAAAAUAUCGUGAAAAACGUCGUGAAGAAAAUAAACAACGUAAACGUUUAGAAUCAAUAUUUUUAGAUAUGUUAUCACGAUUAUCACCACCAUUGGAUGAAAAUUCAAAAUGGUCAGAAAUUCGUCCGUUGAUUUGUACGAAAGAUGCAUUCAUGUUAAUUACGGAUGAAAAUGAACGUUUAUCAAUAUUUGAACGUGCUAUUAAUUCAAUUGUUGAAAGUUGUUCACAUCAUCAUAAUCAUAAAUCUGGACAUCGUCAUCAUCAUCAUCAACAACCGCAGCAACAACAUUGUCGUAGCAGUAGUCGUCAUAAUAGUUUAUCGAAAAAUAUGGAUAUUGUCGAUCAGCAGCAACAUGGUAAUAAACAACAAUUAGGUAAAGAAAUGGAAAAAGAUAAUAAGAAAAAUAAAUAUUCGAAAAAUCAAGAAAAGCUGAAAAGUCAUCAAAGUCGAAAUAGACAUAAACAUCAUGGUGAUGAACAUCGAAAACAAUCCUCAUUAUCACGUUGUUCAUCAAUUGAAUCGAAUGAAUCAAUUGGUGGUGGUGGCGCUCGUGAUGAUGGUUUAUCUGUUGAUGGAUCAGAUUCACCAAUAUCGAUGGCUGAAUCUUCUUCAUCUACUUCGUCAUCUUCUUCUUCAUCGUCGACGUCGUCAUCGUCAUCUUCAUUACGUUCAAUAUUGAAUGAUAAUGGUGAUGAUGAUGGUCAAUAUCAACAACAGCAGCGAAUCGAUCAAUCGCAAAAUAAUCGUAAUUUACGACAAAAACAUUCAUCACAUUCGAAAUCUGAUCAUCGUCAUCAUCAUCGUGGUCAUCGAUUGACAACCAAUGAUUCACGAUCACCAUCACCAUUACCACCACCAUCAUCAUCAUCUGCUACUGCAAGCAUAAAACAUUAUCAUCAUCAUCAUCAUCAUAGUCGUAGCCGAUCACCAAUGAUUAAUCAUCAACAACAACAACAAAAACGAAUUUCAUCAUCAUCAUCAUCAUAUCAUCGUCGAUCAACAAGCAUAUCACCAACACGAUCAAGGACAAAACGUUUUAAAAAUACUUCCGAAUUUGAUGAUAAUGAUUUAGUUGUUGGCAGUUCAAAAAGUAAACGUAAUCGUAUUGAAAAACGCUAUGUGGAUGAUAAUGAUUCAAUACCAACGGAUAUUGUUAAUGUAAAUGUUAAUGUUGUUGGUAAUGGUUUGGAUAAUAAUCUUGAAGAAUUGGAAAAACAACGUAAAUUAUUGUUGAAACAAUUGGAAAAUUCGACAUGAUUUUUUUUUUCUUGGAUUUUCUGGAUUGAUUUUCAAUGGGAAAACAUCAGGCAAGCAAGCAAGUAUGAAUGCCAAAUAACAUUUCUUCCCCUAUUUAA